AUGGAGCGCUUUGAAGCGUCAACGCCGCAGCACCAAGGUCAUCCGAGCUAUCCACCGUCUGCGUCUCCGCUGUCUGUGUCAUCCCCCUCUUCUCUAACGACAUCAGCGUCACCCCCGAUCCCGUUUUCCGCAAUCCAGAGCUCCAGUGACACCGGCGAAGAUGAUGUCGUCAAAGCAAAUGACUCAGUUCUGAUCCCGCCACCAGAAUCAGACACAAACACAUCAAUACCAGACAGCAAUAUGCUUUCAGAGAGGCAGUUAAUCGCUCGUGGAAGAGUGCUAUUGCGAGCCUACCAGAGCCAGAAGAAGCUAUGGUUGCAAAAUGGAGAAUAUGACUCGACAGAGGUGCCUCAGACUCUCAUCGGCAGUCAGGUAAACAUCUUCCAACCCAUGAUAUCCUCUAAUGGAGAAUAUUCCACAAUAGAAUAUUCGUCGCCCACCAAGAAAGCAGUCGCUACAGCCGAAGCUCCUUCCAUCGACACUAAAUUGGAGGAUCUCCCACUCCCACCGCCACAUCCAAGCUUUCCUCCACCCAGUAGUAUCGUCAGUGGACUCAGCAACUUCAGUAUUGGGGUUCUACCUCCAUCGGAAUUGAAGGUACACCAGCCCUUAUCAGGCAACCAAAGUGAGAAGAGCUGGGCCGACUUUAUGCAGUUAUUGAAGGCCAAUGGACACACGAUGGACUCGGUGGACGCUCAAUUGGCUCAAAUCUGGGAGGAAUUGGUGUCUGCCUACAUAAAUGCACGAGGUCCUCAACCUUCUGUGGACAAACUGAGUGAAGCUGUGACGCAGUUGCUACAGCAGAAACGAGAGGCUGAAAGUGCAAUUGCCAAGCUGACCGAAGUACUGGGAUCUCGUGCGUUUCUAGCCGGGAAACUGUCUGAUGACGCAGUGCAGUUUGUGAGUAACCAGUUGAGACUGGAGCUGGAAGCCUCCCAGAUACUUGUGGACAAAGUGAAGACCGAAAGUAUUUCUCUUAAGGAGGAAUCGACUGCGACUGUCAAUGGCAAUAGUCGGGCGGAUGAGAUUGCCAGAUUGCGUCAACAGUUGCAAGACAAGGAGGAAGAGUUGCAAGCUAGUCACUCUGCAGUUGCAAAGUUGGAAGACCAGCUAACACGACAACAGGAAUCUGCUAUAGAGACGCAGACCAAGUUUGAACGGGCGUUGAAUGUGAAGUUCCGCGAGAUUGACGCACUCUGUAGCGGAAUUGAGCUGCCAGUGGAUUAUGAACGAAUCAAGACGAAGGAAGGUGUUACGGGCUACAAGAGGAUAGGCGGUGACAGUAGCAACGAGCUGGAAGACCCUCGUAUCCGUAUAGCGCUCCAACAGCGCUCAACAUCACGUACAGAAGACAAGGAUAAUGUCUCUGUUGCAACCGAGAUUACUAGCUCCAGUAGUGCGCAACGUCCGCGUGGUAUCAGCGCCAUGGCCGCAGCUCCGGAUAAUGUUCUGCGUCGCUCGUUCUCCACGCCACACAUUUCGCACGACAGCAACGUGUUCGAGGACAUCCACGUGCCUCCCGAUGACGGGAGGAAACACACGAUCGAAGACUUCUCGACGCCGUUACCUGCUGGCUGGGAGAUGCGCGUGACUGCGUCAGGUGCUGUGUUUUUCUUCAACAAGUACACGACCACUACAACGUGGACAGACCCUCGUCUACUUACACCCUCCUCAGCGUCUCAGAAGCCUCUCGCUCGCAACUCCAGCGCUACGACAACAGAGUCGCGUGCGUCCAGAUCCAACUCGACUGUCGUGAACACGGAAACCAUCAGAAAAGAAGAAGAAGAAGGCGUUAAGUAUCUCGACGUGGUGUUCGAAGCAAGUGGCCCUAUCGGUAUCCAUUUCCAAGCCAAUGUACCGGACUCUGGCGCUACAGUGAGGGGUUUGCUACCGGACAUGGCUGCUGCGAACAAGAAUUCGUUGCAGCCAUUCGAUGAACUGGUCGCAGUCAACAAAACCCCCGUGGAUGCCGCUCCGUUCCGACAUGUCAUGUUAUUACUACAAGGAGGUUUACGCCCCCUGACACUGACGUUCAAGCGAGAUCUGAGUAGUCCUCAGCGCCCGAUGCCUCCUCUUCAGGAUGCACCACCCAGUGAUAGCAGCUCUUCUGAUGGGUUCGACUCGCACUUAGACGAAGAAGUUCUGAUCGACGAAGGAACUGUCGUCGACUUGGAGCAACUACGCGUUCCAGUUGAGCUACCACCGACUGUGUCUGAAGAAGAGGAAGACGACGAUAUGAACGUGGCGGAUGUCAUCAUCACCAACAUCUUUUCCCUCUUCUGGAAAUCUCCGGAGACGACCGGAGAAGUCCAGACUGUGUAG